CCAUUCGUGCAUGCAAAGAAAAGCCGACGGCGCCGAGUAUCUCUGAAAAUAAGGGCUCGAAACCUCUACACAUCCCCAGGACCAAUGGCGACCGCCUUGAGCUGCGGCCAGACCAUCUUUCUCACUCCUCCUUCUCGCAUCACCUCUCGGUACAGGGAUGUAAAUCUUAGACAACUCACCAAGCCAAACAGGGUUGCAUGCAACUUCACUCCAAAGUCACUGCCUAUAUUUUCAACCAGCAGACCACCUAAUCAACUUCUGCCUGUACUGCCCAGAGUUUCAGGAUUGCCAAGCUUGGACCUUUCUGCUGCAUCAUCCACAGUGCUAAGGGGGAAUGAAGCUGGCCGGUCACAGAAAACAUCCAUCCUACUCAGACAACGCAAAUCUUCAACAUUGGUACAAGCAAAGAAGGAUAAUAGUUCAAUCACUAUACCUUUCCCGAAAAUGACUGAGAAGCCAGAGUGGUGGUGGAGAACUUUAGCAUGUCUCCCUUAUUUAGCAUCUUUGCAGAUGUCCGAGGUUGGCUUUUAUAUUCAACCCUUUGCAGAACACUAUCAACUUUUUGGAGAUUUGAUUUAUUUUGUCCCCGGAGCAAUAAAGAGGUUACCACAGUGGUUCACAAUGACAUAUGUCAUGGUGGCAUAUUUUGGAGUGGUGAAGAAGAAACAGUGGCCUCACUUCUUUAGGUACCAUGUUAUUAUGGCCAUGUUAUUAGAAACGAUGCUGCAAGUGGUAGCGCAGUCGAGCAAUUUCUUUCCGCUUAUACACUUCAAUGGUACAUUUGGCAUAGAGUAUUGGGCGGCUGUGGCAUUCCUGUACAUUUUGAUCUUGUUGGAGUGCAUAAGGUGUGCUCUUGCUGGCAAGUAUGUUAAGCUCCCGUUUUUCAGUACUCCUGCUCUAGCUCAUACUCUUUUCACCGUAGAAGGCAGGUACAGACCUUUUUAAAGACCAUCAUUUUGUUUAGGUCAUAUAAUGAGUUCUACGCUCUUUAGAGUAUUACGUUCUAUGUUCGUUAGCUCUUUAGAGUAUUACGUUCUAUGUUCUUUAGAGUUGGUCUUUGUUGUAAAUUAAUAUUCACAAAAUCAUUGGAUUGUCGAAUUUGGAUCAAACUGAGGGAAUAUUUGAUCAUGAAAGGUAUGGCAUUGACUUUAAAGUUUUGCAAUAAGAA